UCAGAUACAGCUCUUAUUCCUACACAUGUCUGUUUCCAACAACUCUGAGAUCAAGUAUUUUCUCCUAAUUGGGAUACCAGGACUGGAAUUUGCCCACACAUGGAUCUCCAUCCCCAUCUUCCUCAUGUACCUUAUUGCCAUCAUGGGUAACUGCAUUAUUAUUUUUGUCAUCAAGACCGAGCCCUCCCUUCAUGAGCCCAUGUAUUACUUCCUUACUAUGUUGGCUGUCUCUGAUAUGGGCUUGUCCUUUUCUUCCCUUCCUACCAUGCUUAAAAUCUUCUUUUUCAAUGCCAUGAGAAUCUCACCUAAUGCCUGUUUUGCUCAAGAGUUCUUUAUCCAUGUGUUCACUGUCAUGGAGUCCUCUGUGCUUCUGAUUAUGUCUUUGGACCGCUUUCUUGCCAUUCAGAACCCUUUAAGAUACAAUUCUAUCCUCACCAGCAGCAGAGUUGCUAAAAUAGGGCUAAUUUUAGCCUUUAGGAGCACAGUUUUGGUGCUUCCAUUCCCUUUCACACUAAGGAAACUGAGAUACUGUCAAAAGAAUCUCCUCUCUCACUCAUACUGCCUUCACCAGGAUGUCAUGAAACUGGCCUGCUCUGAUAACAAGAUCAAUUUCAUCUAUGGCUUCUUUGUGGCUCUCUGUACCAUGCUGGACUUUGCCUUGAUUCUUAUGUCUUAUGUCCUGAUCUUGAAGACAGUUCUCAGUAUUGCAUCUCUUGCAGAAAGACUUAAGGCCCUAAAUACCUGUGUCUCCCACAUCUGUGCUGUGUUUAUCUUCUAUGUGCCCAUCAUCACCCUGGCUGCGAUACAUCGCUUUGCCAAGCACAAAAGUCCCCUACUUGUAAUCCUUAUUGCAGAUAUGUUCUUGUUGAUACCACCCCUGAUGAACCCCAUUGUGUACUGUAUAAAGACUCGACAAAUCCGAGAGAAGGUCUUGGGAAAGUUGGUUAACUUAUGUGUGAGAUAA